AAUGAAUAUCCAACUAAACAAAAAAUUAUAAAUUGUUUUGUAUUAUUUAAUUGAAAGUCAAUUAAUUGAGAGAUAUGUGAAGUUAAGCUAAUGAUCAAAAUAUUCCCAAAUGUUUUUUGUUCGCAUUUGCUUUUGCUCUCUUAUGCCCUUAUCUUUUAAUGGGAUGUCUAUUGUAGAGACUGAGAAGUGAGAAGAUGUGGAGAGAGAGAGAGAGAGAGAAUUUAAUUGAUUGAACAGAAAGACUAAUGAAUUCUUGUGAGACAUUGAAAACAUACACUACUUAUCAUUAUUUAUACCCAUUUGCAGACAAAUCUAACAUCAAUGAAGACAGCAUUGAAACCCCAGUCUCUAAGUCGUGUCCCUUCUCUGGCACCAGAUAUCCACUCGGAGAGAGUUGGUUCAGAAGACUAGACACUCAUGACAUGUCCUAUUGUGUGGCCUGUGUUUGCGCUCAAGGAGGAAAGUCUAACUGCACGAGUAGGCCAUGUGAUGGACUCAUUCAACUUUGUGAAGAGGCCACUGAUUUAAAUGAAUUGGAAAAAGGAUGCUGUCAACAGUGCACAGAAACCGAUGAAACAAAAAGAGUUGAAAUCCAUAUUAAAAGUCAAGUCAAUACAUUGAAUCGCAGUCCCACUACCGACAGACCAUUGCCUGCAAACUCGUGCCAACAUAACGGCAAAACCUAUUCAGACAAUCAGAUCUUUGCCUCAAACACAUCAGGCAUUCACAGGACUUCUGCCAACCAAUGCGUUCAAUGCAUUUGUCAGGCGGGUCUUGUGCUCUGCAGACUCAAGACAUGCUAUGCGGACAGUUGUUCCAGUGUUGGUGAUAACAGCAAUGGCUUUAAUGAAGAUUGUUGUCCAUUAAGAGCCAACUGUCGAGACAAACCAAUCAGUGAUUCAGACAAUUACGACAAAAGAGAGGGUCAUUUAGUGACCAUUUAUAGCCCUAAUGACGAUUCGUCGGGAACUUAUCAAACACUUAAUGCUAAUGAUUGUAAGUCAGGCGGAAAAGUUUAUGCCAACGGCGCCAAAUGGCACCCAAUUAUUGGCCCAUUCGGUCAAAUGGAUUGUGUUGUCUGUGUCUGCACUUCUGGAAGCAUAGAGUGCUCGAGAAUCAGUUGCCACAAGAGUUCGUGUCUCCAAACCAAACCAAUUCAAGGCCAGUGUUGUCCCAUUUGUGUCGUCCACCAAACUAAUGAGGACCAAAAGAGCUCUCAAAACGAGUGGCAAACAAAAGAAACGAUUAUUGAAACAAAUAAUAAAAGUGAAAAUAACGGUAAUAUUGGGCAUAAGAAAGAGGCAAAUGUGGAGACAAUGUGUGUUCCCAUCAAAAUGGACACAAUUUGCUUCCGGAGUCACGCGCAGAGUAGUAACAGUGCUUACUAUCAGUACGCCUUCCAAACCAAAGCCACCAAUAGAUCCACUAUUUUGUACUCAUUCACUGUUAAAGAUGAAAUUAUAAUAAUAGCCUCAAAACAAGAUGUGCUUUGGAAUGAAUAUAUUGCAAUGGUCUGUCGGGUGACCUGUUUAUCAUUAGAUGAGAUCCAUUCCUCAUCAAAACAAUUCAAAAGCGUUUCGCAUAAUAGAGAUAAUAGUCUUAAGAACGCAAUCGAAACCAUUCAAAGAAGACGAGCGGAGAAUCCUUUGGCACAUCUUUACGGCCCAAACAGUCUUCCACUUCAAGCCAUUCAAUAUUACAAAAGAUUAGUCCCUUUAGUCCCGAUCAACACUAACCCAAACGUACAACUCAUAGAAGUUCCGCUUGAGUACAACCAAAUAGAAGACGACUAUUCAGACGAUUCCCCUAAAAACGAUUUAUAUCUGAAAGCAUUGGCUUUAAAAUUGUCAAAACUAUCGGAUUAUAACACAGAACAAGAUUCCGAUGUUUCCAACAGAAUAUUGAAUCGGAUUAAUAAGAAAAAGAAAAGGACACGAAGAUUUCACCCCGACGAGUACUCGACGAUCACUUUAAUGUUGAGGAAAAAAUCUUUGCCCAUUCCUAAGAUUUCAAAAUCAAAAUCGGAUCAAAAGUUUGAAAACAAAAACAACAAACAAACAAAAGUCAAGAAAGUGAUUACAAAGAGAAAAGUGGAGUCACAGAUGGCUUUGGAUUACAUGGGAGUCAAUAAUGAAAGCAAAACGAGUCCUAAAGAUCUGAAAACUACUGAUAAGACAGUUGUCUCAGAACUGAAUGAUAUUUUGUCAGAUGAUAGCAAAACUGAAAAAUACACACAAACCAAACAAAACGAAACUAAUUCUGGAAGUAAUAAAACAAAUGAAAGCCUUUCCCAUACAAAGCGUCCAAAGAAUACAGAGAUUAAAGAAAUUAAAACAAAGAAUAAGAGAAGCAGUCCUUUGACUGAACUGUCAUUUAAUGAUAAAAAUGACGAAAAUAAUGAUAAUAACAAUGAAAAUGAAAAUAUAAUUAUUUAUCCGGUUGAGAAUAUUGAGGAGAAAAGUGAACUCAAAAUUGGAAAGACAUCGGACGGAGAGUCGCCUAUAGGUAACCAACAGUUGGAUGAGUGGUUGAGAAGAGAAUACUACGAGAAUAUCGCCAAAGCUUUGGCUACAAUGAGAAAGAAAAGAAGUGAAGACAGCUUUGAUUAUAAUCUGAAAAGCGAUGACAACUAUGGCAUCAAUUCUAUCGAUGACUUAAAUUCAAUUCCAGACAACUUAAUAGCCAUCGAUGACAGUAAUGAAGACAACGAGAACGAGAGACCAGACAAUAGUUUGAACAAAAAUAAUGGUAAAUUGGAUGAAAGUGACGACUAUGUGGUGGCCGCUGUUGAGGAUGACAUCGAGGGUAACGACAAAAAUAAUGAAAAUGAAGACACGAAUGGAAGGAAUGAGAGGACAGAUAAUGAAAGCGAAGAUUCAGUCAUUUGGGACGUCAUUGAAGAGAAGAGCAGACAAAAGAAGAAGCGAAGCGUUAAUUCUGAUGUUGAAGACAGAGAUAACGACGAAACCAAUGACAUAGAUAUCGAUUCCCAACGUUUCACUCGUAUUAAUACUAAACUCGAAUCCAUUGAAGACUCACUUCUUAACGAAGCGAUUGGUUUAAUACGAAAGACGGCACAAAAGGGGUCCCAAUCUGAGGCCGAAAGCAAUAAAAUUGAGAACAGAUUAGACGCCGCCUAUGAUAUUGAAGACAUGAGGAAUCUGACGGAUAAUCAAAUGGAUAACCAAGAUGAUAAUUUGGAAAACUCAUUAUCGAGAUCGGAAUCAGCGGACAAUUGUUUUGCAAUUGAGAUGCUUUCGAGUGAUUGCUCUUCAGUUGCAGAUCUGAUGCCAAACUCAAGACUUCACGAAUCGUUUACAGAUGCGUGUAAUUGGCACCACAUUUGCUACACAUGUGGAGAGAUCUACGGCCUGUUGUCGAGUGACUGCGACGCCGGCUUUCUGGAGGCCAGUCGACUGGCCUGUGAGGACAGCCCUUCGUGUGAGUCUUUCGCCCGACUAGUGUUGAAGCCUUUAAGACAAAGCCGUGUCUUCUAUAAAAGCUCUGUUCCUCAGACAUGCUUUCAAUACAAAUGUAUUAAAGAUUUCUUAUUUGACUCGACAAACAAAAAGCGUUAAAAUGAUCUCAUUUUUUGCUUUCUUGUUAUUUAUUUAAUCAAUUAUUUAACAACAAUUUAUUACUGUUUGUUCAAUAAGUAACAG